ACUUGGUCUUCUUUCUUCUUCACCUCUUAGCUUUGUUCUCUGCGUUUUUCUUCUGCAAAGUCUUCACCUUUAUUCCCAGAAUCGCAAGCAUCCAACAAUGUUGGACAUCAAUCUCUUCAGAGAAGAGAAGGGCGGCAACCCCGAGAUCAUCCGAGAGUCUCAGCGCCGUCGAUUCAAAAGCGUCGAGAUCGUCGACGAGGUCAUCCAGCUCGAUAAAGAAUGGCGUCAACGUCAAUUUGAGCUCGAUAGUCUCAGGAAGGAGUUUAACAAGAUCAACAAGAAGGUUGCUCAGCUCAGGAUUUCAGGUCAGGAUGCAACCGAUGUGAUUAAGGACACAGAAGAAAACAAGAAGUUGACCGCAGAAAAAGAAGUUGAAGUGCGUGAGGCUUCAAACGUUGUGAAUUCAAAAUUGGAAGGCAUUGGAAACCUUGUGCAUGAUAGUGUUCCCAUCCAUGAUGACGAGGCCAAUAAUGCUGUGGUUAGGUCGUGGGGUGAGAAACGGAUGGAGCCAAAACUCAAAAAUCACGUUGAGCUUGUUGAGCUACUGGGUAUUGCUGACUUGAAGAAAGGUGCUGAAGUAGCAGGAGGUAGAGGUUAUUACUUGAAAGGUGCUGGUGUCCGCCUCAAUCAAGCUCUGAUUAAUUUUGGUCUUGAUUUCCUUGAGAAAAGGGGAUACACGGCAUUGCAGACUCCAUUUUUUAUGAGAAAAGAUAUCAUGGCAAAGUGUGCUCAAUUAGCACAAUUUGAUGAGGAGCUUUAUAAGGUAACUGGAGAGGGUGAUGACAAAUAUCUCAUUGCUACAGCUGAACAGCCACUUUGUGCAUAUCAUGUGGACGACUGGAUUCAUCCCUCACAGCUGCCCAUAAGAUAUGCUGGAUAUUCAUCUUGUUUCCGCAAGGAAGCUGGUUCACAUGGUCGAGAUACCUUGGGAAUUUUCAGAGUACAUCAGUUUGAAAAAGUUGAACAGUUCUGUAUGACAAGCCCAAAUGGCCAGGACUCCUGGGAAAUGCAUGAGGAAAUGUUGAAGAACUCUGAGGAAUUUUAUCAGCAGCUCAAACUUCCUUAUCAUGUUGUGUCCAUCGUUUCUGGUGCUCUGAAUGAUGCGGCAGCAAAGAAAUAUGAUCUGGAAGCAUGGUUUCCUGCAUCUAAGACGUACAGAGAGCUCGUCUCAUGCUCGAACUGUACAGACUACCAAUCAAGAAAGUUAGAAAUUCGAUUUGGGCAGAAAAAGAGCAAUGAGCAGACGAAGCAAUACGUUCACUUGUUGAACUCCACCCUUACAGCAACUGAGAGAACCAUUUGCUGCAUUCUAGAAAAUUAUCAGAGGGAAGAUGGUGUAGAGGUGCCAGAAGUCUUACGAAACUUCAUGGGUGGAGUGGCCUUCCUACCUUUCAAGAACAAACCAGCCCCUGAAGUCAAAGGGAAGAAAUCAAAGGCCUAAAUUCAUCCUUUUCUAGAUUAACAGUGAGAUUAGUUAAUGAUAUCGCAUACGCCCAGUAUUUCUAAUGAACUCUUUGAGAAAUUAUGAAACCCAGAUUCAACGUGUUGAUGUUGUAAUGAACUUUUGCUUCUUGUUUAGUCUUGGCUCAUGUUAUUUUCACACUUCUACUGCUGAUUUGCACUAAAAUGUUUCAAGUCGUUUAAAUGGAAUGUACUUUGGAUUUUAGAUGUUUGCCCUGUGUCCCUCCAAAUAGAUUUAUUUCAGAGUGAAAUUCUAUGGUUUUUCAUUGAUCACUCACAUCGUGCCCUUUUGAAGUCUGUUUUUGUUUCUGCAGGG